CAUUCUCUCUAUAAAUUUACUUACAACUCACAAGGAUUUUAAUUAAGUCACUUAAUUUUUCAUUUAAAAUAUACUGUUACACUCAUACACAAGAAUGGCAAACUCGAAUACACUUGUUGGUUGCCUUGCCAUCGUCUUCUUUACUGCUGCUGUCUCACCUGCCUCCUCAGCCACUCAUUCCGUGGAAUGGUCGCUCGGGAAUGACUAUAGCUCCUUGGCUUCCGGAAAACCCUACGCCGUUGGCGAUACAAUCGUGUUCAACUAUGGUGCGGGUCACACGGUGGACGAAGUGAGUGAAAGUGAUUACAAAAGUUGCACACUGGGGAAUUCAAUUUCUUCCGACAGUAGCGGAACCACAAGCAUAGCUCUCAAGACAUCUGGCUCUCACUACUUCAUUUGCGCUAUCCCCGGCCACUGCACUGGCGGCAUGAAGCUCUCUGUCAACGUAGGUGCAGCUGCCUCUUCCGGCGGUGGUGGGGACGGUGCCACCGCCAAAACUACACCUUCUCCGACGUUAGAAGGCGGAAAGGCUGCUCCUACUGCUUCUGCCACUCCUGUGUUGAAGCCGUUCCAGGCUUUGGUUGUGACUUGUGUAGUUGCGUUAUUAUAUGCUUCGGCUCUUUCUUAGUUGCCUUUAAGUGUAUUGGUGUGGUUUGACUCGUCUGAAAGUCAGGCUAGAGGCAGUGCUAUUAGCCCUAUUUUUAUUGUUACAUGCUUCUUGUUGUGAUUUAGUUAUUCUAUGGUAUUAAUUACAUGUGCUUGUGACUGGCCCAA